AUAUAAAAUAUAAAUAUAAGGAUCAAGGCAACCUCGUAUACGUAUACUUACAACUACGACUGUUUUGUGUGUUUUGGGCAUAGCGAUUGCAUUUCCACAACUAAAUAAAAAUGUCGCAUUUCUCAGGCGGUCUGAAACUUACAGAUCUCGACGAUUUUAUAGCACCCUCACAAGAAUGCGUUAAGCCGGUGGCCAUCGAGAAGAAAAAACCCAAAGAAAGCAAGGCGAUCAAACUAGACGAUGACGGGGGCUACUUUGAAGUAUCGCAAGAUGGAACGGCUAAGAAAUUACCAAAGGCCAAAAUUACAUUAGAUGACUGUUUAGCGUGCAGUGGGUGCAUAACCACAGCCGAGAGCAUACUCAUCUCUGCACAGAGUCAGGAAGAAUUGUAUAGAGUAUUAGAUGCGAACUUCAAAAUCUCAAUUGGCGAACCAGUAUAUAAGCAGUUGGAUACCGAGAUGGCCGAUGAAAUGGAGAAUGACGCAAUGGGAAGCGGUAGCGGCAGCAUUGAAGGAAAACGCAUAGUUGAUGAAGACGCAGUGAGGAAAAUUGUUGUUGUUUCUAUCGCUCCCCAAAGUAUUGCGUCACUCUCAGUCAAAUACAAUAUGAGUAUGGAUGAGGUGGCAAGACGAGUGUGUUUCUUCCUUAGGAGCAUGGGGGUGCACUUCAUAUUCGAUGUGAGUUUAGCACGGAACUUCUCGUUGAUGGAAGCACAGCGGGAGUUUGUAAGGCGAUAUCAGCUAUUACAGUCUCAGAAAGCCGAUGGCGUGAUUAAAAAAAAAGGAACGGAGAUACUACCUAUGUUGGCCUCGGCUUGUCCCGGUUGGGUGUGCUACGCGGAGAAAACACAUGGUGACUUUAUUGUACCUUAUAUCAGCACAACAAAGUCACCACAGCAGAUCAUGGGAAGUCUUGUGAAAGGCUAUCUCGCGGAGAGUAUUGAUGUCAGUGCUGCACAUUUCUACCAUGUGGCUGUUAUGCCGUGCUUCGAUAAGAAGUUGGAAGCCUCAAGGCAAGAUUUUUACAAUGACGUGCUAAGCACACGGGAUGUGGACUGCGUUAUAACUACUGGAGAGCUGGAUUCUAUAUUUACAGAGAAAACCGGAGGAUUUGAAGUGAGCUCGCCGGUAGAAAGCCAUUCCUUCGACUCACUAAUACACGCAGCGAAGACAGGACCGUGGGAAUGGAGUAAUAUUUCUCACAGAACCGAUAUUGUGGGCGAGAAAGCUCUCGCCCCAGAAGACUCGGAAGAAAUGGUUCGGCAUCAGGGGAGCGUGUCUGGUGGUUAUACAGAGCAUGUGUUAAUAUACGCCGCGAAAGAAUUAUUUGGUCUGACGCUGGAUGAGUUAGAAUACAAAACCGUAAGGAACAAAGAUUUCCAGGAAUGUUUAGUGCAAAAAGAUGGGGUGACAGUCUUGCAAGGUGCCCUUGCCUAUGGGUUUCGCAAUAUACAAAGUCUUGUACAGAAGGUGAAGCGAGGCAAAUCAGUGUACGAUUAUGUCGAAGUCAUGGCCUGCCCAUCAGGCUGUGUGAAUGGCGGAGGGCAAAUUAAGGAUGCGAACCAAUCGAAGCAGAAAGAUAUUGUCAGCAAAGUUGGCGCCAACUAUCUAGCUUUACCCACACAGAGCUCUGCACUAGUUGAUCCUGAUGUCGAUUUAUUAUACAGUGAUUGGCUGGAUGGUUCAGGUUCUGUGAAGGCGCAAGCAGCAUUACACACGGAGUACCACGCUGUCGAGAAGAUGACCUCAGGGCUGACCAUCAAGUGGUAAAAGUAAUUUAAGCUAAAACAUUGACGACUAAGCCGAAACGACCUAUACUUGAUUAGCGUCUGGUCGUUUCUCAGGCUGCAUUCCACGCUGAGCUCUGAAAAGCAGUGCUUUCAGUCUCGAGAGCGAUCUGGUCGUUGAAUCGGCUUCUUAAGUAAAACACAGGACUGCAGUUAUCAUAUGACGGAGAUAUGUUAUUCAGCACGCUUCAGCGAUCGAAGAUACAACUACAUGAAUUGCUUGGUGUACAAAAUACAGGGUUUUGCUUUUGUGUGAUGGUUGUUUUUCUUGGUGUUUUAUAUUCGAUGAUAGUUUGCAGAUAAAUAUGGAUAUACACAAAAACAGGUACUUCCUUGCAGUCCCAAGCAUCGUCUGUUCAUCACGGAGAAUAUUUGUUUUGCUCUAUCUAUACAGUUACAUAGACCAAACAUAUUUUUAUUUUUCAUUUUUCUAUAUAUAUAUUAUUAUAUAUAUAUAUAUAAUACUGAACCUGAGGUUUGCCUUGAGUUUGGACAUUUCUAUUGCACACUCAAGAGUUCAGCAGGGUCGUAUCGAACACCUUACCUAUACAUCUCAUUACUCGAGAUCAAAGACACGUUGUCAUCACUGCACAGCGAAUAUAGUGACAGUUCGUCCUCAUUUUCUGCAGCGUCAACAGUGUCCGCGUCGAUACCUUCAACCCUAGAGAAAGUACAGUUUGUUUCACCACCCAUGCUCUCGUCAUGGAUGUACUCCGCAUCACUAUCAGAGUUCGAGUCCAACCCACUCUCGAUGUCGCUUGCACCCUGAAUAUCAUUGACUGGGCUAUUCUCUACCAUUUUGUUGAACUCGACUUUGGUGGCGUACAACACCCCGGCAAGUAAAAGUAUGCCCACAACAAGCUGUGCAGCGAAAACUGCGUACGUGAAAACGCUCACUUCACCUCUGCGGGCCAGUACAUCCCGGAUGUCUCGCAGCGUGGUUCCCAUAUAAGUAUUAACCACUUGCAUCGGAAUGCACCCUACCAGUGUAUACGACGCAUAUGUGAUCAUGUCCACAUUACUUAGAGAGAAUACCGCGUUUUGUAAUCCAUAAGGGAAAGGUGAUAGGCGUGAUAGUAUGAUGACACGCGACUGGGAAUUAGGCCGAUUUACCACUCGGAGAAGAGCGGACAUUGUCGGAUAGCCCUCUACUUUGGAGUGCACGUAGUCGUGCAGAAAGUAUUUACACGUGAGCGUAGCGGAUACCGUACCGAUCAUUGCGGACACCAUCGUCAGCGGCAAACCCCACCAGGCAUACAAGUAACCUUGCAGCAUAUUGAUACAGAUAUAGCCCCAGCCUAUGGGGAGGGACACAAAGAAAUACAUAACCGUACAGACAACUGUAACCGUCCAUAUGGGUGCCUUCUCCACCCAGCCAAAAAAGUCACUUACAUCGGAAGUUUCAUAUAGAUGUAUUGCGCCCACACAGAUUGUGAUGAAGAGUAUUGUCCCUACACACCAUUUCAAGUACGCUUGGUGGUAUCCAGCAGCUAUCUUACGCUUUAGUAAUGCCGUGUGGGAUCGGAGUUUGCGAGCGCGAUAACGUAAACUCGAUCUCACUGACGCGUCGACUGUCACGCCACUGCCGAUGGAGACAAGAUCCACACCGGACCAAAUAGGGAAGUCCUUUUUCCCACAUUCAUCCAUGUCGAUAGCGGAAUCGCUUGACUGAGUAGCAAACGCGAUAUCGCCAUCGUCAAGGUUUUGCUCACUUGGCAUAGUGGUCCUUUUCUCAGUUGCCUGCGUUGUUGAGGACAGACCAUCAGGCAUUUUCGCUAUAUUAAAUUAUUUACAACUGUG